AUGGGAGGAAUUGAAGAGGCACAUGACUUGCAUGGUGCCAACCUUUUCUUCGAGUCUUCGUUGUCACCAUCUCCUCUGCCCUCUGACAGUUUGUGUGGCCAACUCCUAUCUUUACAAAUCUUAGCUAAGCGAGAAAGAGUGCACACAAACUCCAGGAUUAGGCAUUUCGUUUGGUGUUGUGGAGUCCGUCCCCUCUGUCCUUUGCUAUUGUUCCUCGCCUGCUCCUCCCUUCACUCCACACCUCUCCUGUGUCCACCUAAUUUCCCCCAUAUUUAGGGCUUAAACCCAUGUCUGCAAACGAGUGAGGACAAUUCAUGGCUGUGUUCUCCUCUUAGAAUAGCAAGGGGCGGCCAUUUGACUCCCAUCUGUUGCCGUAUAAAUAUAUACAUAGAGACACAUCCUCCAUAAGCAUUGUUAGUAUUGAGCACCUUCUCCACUCACUCUCUCUUGGUUUCUCCACCUCUUCCCCCUGGUUCCAAGGGAGAUGGAAGCUCCAGAGGAAGCCUUGGCCUCCAACAGCAGCGACAGCAUAUCCAACGGCGAAUUCGUUCAUGCUGUGGUCAAGGGCAAGCGCACCAAGCGUCAGAGGACGCAGCCGCCGCCGCCGAUGCCACAGGUCCUGUCCACCGGGGUAGCCGACUCGUCCUCCGCCUCCUCGGCCGAGGCCGCCUCCGGGACCAUCACCGAGGAGGAGGAGGACAUGGCGAAUUGCCUCAUCCUUCUCGCCCAGGGCCGCGCCUUUGACACCGGGCCUAAGCCGGAAGAGCACAAGGACGAAGCUGGAGGCGGCGGCGGUGGGUCCGAGAAGUUUACGAGCCGAAAGUUGAUCGAGGCGGCGACGACGACCAACGGCAAGGCUGGAAUUUACGUGUAUGAGUGCAAGACGUGCAGCAAAUGCUUCCCGUCGUUCCAGGCGCUCGGCGGGCACCGCACCAGCCACAAGAAGCACAAGCUGGCUGCCACCACCACGACGGCGGAGGAGAAGAAGCUCGAGGUCACCGACGACAUGCUGCAGAUCAGCAUGAAUUCUUUCUCGAAGCCAUUUGCGAGCAGCAGCCAGACUCCCACAAAGCCGAAGGUCCACGAGUGCUCCAUAUGCGGAUCGGAGUUCAGCUCCGGGCAGGCGCUCGGAGGACACAUGAGGCGGCACAGGCCGCUGGCCAUCGCCGACAGCCAAGAAGCCAAGAAGGACAAGAGCUUUCUUUCCUUGGACCUAAACCUCCCCGCUCCCGCCGACGACGAGCUCCAGAGGCCGCCUUCCCCGACGCUGGCAUUGGCCACCAAGAGGCCUUUCAUCUUCUCGGCGUCGGCAUCGGCACCGGCCUUAGUGGUGGAUUGCCAUUACUAAGGAGGCCGCUUUGGGCUAAUGGAAGCAAAGCUGUCCAGUAGCACAAAUUCUUUCCUUGCUCUGUUCGAUCACAACUUGGGCUAAUGUGGCUUAUGUGAAUAACUCUUAAUAUUUCUUUGCAAGUUCAUAUCGAUUAAUUGAUCCAAAUUUCUUCGAA